AUGGAUGCGCUUGGCCGUUUGCAGUCCGGCCUCUUCGUUAGACGUACCAUCUUAGACUCUGCCCCAUACAAUGAACAUUAUAAGAGCUUAUUCCGCGGGCUCGCGCGACGCCCUCAGGUGCCUGCGAGCUGGUGCGGCAAUAGUACUUCUCCCGACAUGCCGACAGCUUCUCCUUCAGGAGACAGUCCUGCUGGCCACGAAGUUUCACUCCCUUUGCUGAGUGUCUCGAUUGACGUGGAUAUUCAUGGAAGAUAUUGCACAACAAAGGUUGUGCAAAAAUUCAGUGCCGUUCCUUCGGUUUCACACAAUGUGAAAUAUGUCUUUCCCGUUUAUGAUGGCUCGGUUGUCACUUCUUUUCGCUGCUGGAUCGGAAAUGAAAAGCUCCUCGAAGGAGCUGUAAAAGCCAAAGAGGAGGCCAGAGCAGAUUUUAAACAUGCUGUCUCCCAACGCAAGAUCGCGGUGUUGGUUGAAGAAUUAGUUCCAGAGGUUUUUGAAACGAGCGUUGGAAAUAUUCCCGCACAAACCACCGUCAAGGUUGAGAUCACGUAUGCCAACCUUCUGAAGGUGGAUAAUAGCACAGGAGGACUGGUACUGACGAUCCCGACAUCUAUCGCUCCGCGAUACGGAAACCCACCGUCAGAGUACAGCGAAAAUAGGUCGCUUCUCACGGGGGGCCUGCAAAUUAAUGUUCAAGCAUCGAUGCCAGCAGUCAUCCGCAAAAUGGAGUCGAGGUCACAUCCAAUUUCUGUGGAGUUGGGGGCUGUUUCCCACAAAAGUUUCAGGGAUUUUGUCGUGGAUGCAUCUUCGGACGUCACCGAUUACUCCAAGGCAAGGGCAACGUUAUCGGACAGACAUGCUAUCCUUGACCAAGAUUUCGUCUUACAUAUUCUGUCCAGCUCCCGCGAGUCCUUACAGUCACGGGCUAUUGCUGCGAUGCAGCCAGGUCAGAACUCCCUUUCCACGAUUGCUCUCACCUUGCACCCUGGUGAUUUGUUUCGCCAAAAUGUCAAUGUGGGAGAUUUCGCUGGCGAAAUCAUCUUCAUGGCGGACAGAUCAGGGUCAAUGAUGUCAAAGAUCCCUUCUCUCAUUAAUGUGAUGAACAUCUUCCUAAGGAGCCUCCCUGAAAAAUGCUCAUUUAACAUCAGCUCCUUCGGUUCUAGGCCCACGUGGCUAUGGCCCUCUUCGAAAAGAUACAGCCAAGAGGACAUGGAUAUCGCCUCGCAGCAUGUUAAUAAAUUUCAAGCAAAUUAUGGUGGCACCGAAAUAUAUGGCGCGCUUGAGAGUGUUCUGGAUCACUAUAAUAAGCAGAAUGACGUACCGACCAGUGUUAUCUUGUUGACUGACGGCGAGGUCUGGGAUGUAGACAAUGUGAUAAAAUUAGUGCGCAAAGCGGUCUCGGAGAGCGAUACCAAUAUCAGAUUCUUCUCCCUUGGAAUUGGAGGCCAAGUUUCUCAUCGCCUGGUCGAGGGCAUCGGAGAGCAAGGAGGCGGUUAUGCAGAGAUUGUGCCGGAGUCCCUGAUGAAUUCGUGGCAGGAAAGAGUAAUACAAAUGUUGAAGGCAGCGUUGACACCAUCUCGCCUUCAGUGCACUGUGGAACUUGAGGAACAUCCUGUCAUAAAAACAUAUGAGCGGCAAAUUGCAGGCUAUAAAGUGCAAUACCCAGAGUGUGUUCGGGCUCCACAUCAUAUUCCUAUCCUAAAUGCCUUCUCGCAUUUUUCUCUCUACUACAUGUUAGAGAGUGACUUGAAAUCACUACCAAACACUAUCAAUAUCACUGCGACCACUGAUAAAGGAGAGAAGCUAACAGUACAGCUUCCAAUCCUAAUGAUAGCUAACAAGACAACAAUCCACUAUCUUGCUGCGAAAGCCUUCAUGAACGAUUUUGAAACUGGACAAAGUUGGCUACAUUCGCUUAACCAAGACUUCAAGUCCACUGAUCCAACUGGUUUUGAAAUGGUGUUGGAGCAAGAAGCACAGCGAGUCGGGAAAAUGUGGUCUAUACCUAGCAAGUGGACGAGCUAUGUGGCUAUUGAUCGCACUACAUCCCAACACCAAAGGAUAUCAGUUUAUAAAGCUGAUGCUAUCAAAGUCCCUCAGUUGAUGCGGGCACACAACCCACGGGAUGCACUAGAUCCCACAAGGAUAGCCUGGGACACACCUUUCACACUCUUUGAUGCUAAUAGCACGAACGACACAAGCUUUGAGAGUAAUAGAAAGGGCGCAUUAUGUUCAAUCACUGCCAAGGCCUCUGGCAUGAGAAGAAUGAGAAAAAGCAACAGCUCCUUCAAAUCAGAAUUGACACUCACUAGUGAGCAAGCUACUGAUGUGAGCUCUCUUUUGCAACCUGGACCAGUUGGAGAUAGGGCAAUCGCGCACGCGCGCAUGAGUAGCGAUUCAAUUCCCAGUACGGCAUCACGCAAUACGGCAUUGGACGCUACCGAUACCAAUGCCCUGGAAGGAAUCCUCCGCUUGCAAAAAGCGGACGGCAGAUUCAAGCUCGCCGGCUCUAACUUUCGAGAGCUCCUCAAACAGAAAUACGUUGGCAAUGCUCUUAAAAAUUUCAUCAACUCCACGUUUCAUCAAGAGUCAUCCGCCAUGCGCUAUCGUAUCAGUGAAUUGAGCGAUACUAUCCUUACUGUCGUCUAUAUAACCCAUACGCAUGCAGCCUCGAAAGCACUUUGGGAGCUGCAAAUAACAAAGGCACGGGAAUGGAUCAAGCGGACUAUCACAGAGUGGUUGAAGAAUGAUACCUCAGAGGUAGUUCCAGGCAUAUCACUACAAGAGCUAGAAGAGUCAAUCAUCGAGGAGCUGAAGAAACAAGACCCCUUUUUAGGCCAGAGUCAUACUUCGUCAGAAUGAGUUGUUGUUAUCAGUUGGGACUGACUUUGUCCAAUUCCCUUUCUUAUUCGCUUGGCAGAUAAAUUCUUAGUCUUCGUUCGUGAAAUUCGACCUCUUGCUAUUC